CUGCUCUCACUGAAGAUGGCCUCGUAGGGGCUGAGAACGCUCUCCGCCUCCCGGCGUGAGAUGGUGUCGCCGCCGUCGCGCGCUGAUGACGGUGGGGCUGCGGGGAGCGCUCCCCGCUUCCGGGCUCAGGCCGCGGUGCCGUCGCCGUCGGGCGCUGAUGACGUUGGCGGGCGGUGUGGAGGGAGCUCGGGGAUUCCCCGUGUUGUUGUCCCGGGGCCCGGCGGGAUGGGAGCCCGCAGCGCAGGGCGGCGCGGCCGGUGCUGAUGGCGGCUUGCUCGGCAGCCCGCGGCUCCGAGCCGGCGGUGGAUGAGUUCACCGUUCCUGCGGAGAAGAGCCGUCUCCUGGAGCGGAGCCGGGGCCGCAUCGAGAGCUUGUUCAAGGUGCGCCUGGCCGUUCUGGGGGCGCAGGGGGACUGGCGGCCUGCGAUCGCGCCGCCCGCCCCCGCCAGGAUCUGGGUGCAGCUGAAGGGCAGUGGGAAGGCCGUGCGCAGCGCCAAGGAGUAUGUUAAGGGACUCUGUGAACCUGAACUAGAAGAAAAGGAGUACUACCCAAAGGACAUGCACUGCAUCUUUGUUGGGGCACAGAGCCUGUUUCUCAACAGUCUUAUUCAGGAUACCUGUGCUGAUAUAGCAGUGUUGGAAAUAGGGUUGCUCAGUAUUAAGGGGGGUGCAGAAGCUGUUGUUAUGGCUCAAAGUCACAUUCAGCAGUUUGUGAAGCUUUUUGAGAAUAAUGAAAGCUUAUUAAAUGACAAUGAGUCAGAGAUUAAAAGGCAUUUCAGACAAUUUGUGGAAGCACAUGCAGAUAAAUUUACAAUGGAUUUACUGAUUUUGCCUAGCUCGCUAAAAAGAGAGCUCCUAGCUCUCACAGAAACUGAAUGUUAUGAAGUGGACAGCGAUAUCAUAGAUCUUACAGGUUCUGAAAGCCCAAAAGAGCUUUUGCAAAAUAAAGCCUCCAACGUAAUCACUACAAAUAGAGAUGGAAAACCAGAUGGCGAGGAAGGGAGAAACAAUGCUGGGACACCUGUAACUGAGCUUACAAAGCAAAUGGACACUGUGUUUUCUGAUGCUUCUGAAACAAGUUUUGUUCCCAUAAAUUUGCCUGUGGUAGAGGCAGUGGUGUCCAAAGAAAGGCAAUCUUAUAAAAGAAGGUCUUCUGAUGAUGAGGAAAGGCUCCCUAAAAAGCAUUUUUCUUUGGAAAAUAACCAGAAAGUGAAAUCUACUUCAUGUAGUAAUCCUUCAAACAGUGAUGCAGUUACUGAUGUGCUUUUGGAUCAGUGCAAUGAUUCAGGCGAUGCCAAUUACUGCCUUAAAGAAGGUGAUGAUAUCAGUGAGGAAAUGGAAUAUAAGAUUCUUGUGAACUUUUUCAGAACAAUGGGAUAUUCACAAAGUAUUGUAGAAAAAGUUAUUGGUACCCUAGGACAAUCUGUGGAACCAUUAAUAUUGCUAGAAGAAAUUGAAAAGGAACAUGUAAAAUUUCAGAAAGAACACGAACAGUCGUCUCAAAAGCCUGGAACUAUCAAUCUUCCUUUAGGCAGUAGUGCGAAUAAUUCACAAACACCAGGGGACAAAGGUAUUUCUAGACAUAAAAGUCCACUUAAAUCCAGUCAUACUUCCAAAGAGGCAAAGAAUGAGUGUGACAAAAUAAGAGAUUCACCAAGCGUGCAAGCUCAUGCAGAAGAUAAAAUGCCUAUGUUGAUAUGCAAAUCUGUAUCUUCUUUCAGCAAAAAAUCACCUAUAUGCUGUAAACAAAAAGACUUCAAUUGCCCUGGUAAGAAUCAGAGUACAGGGUCAGGUGAUGCAGAAACUGAUGAUGACAUAACUAUUGUUGCUGUACAAGAUGGAGCUCUAAAAGACAUUGACUUUGUAGCCAGAGGGAGCUCAGAUGUGCGUAUCUCAACUAAUACUAAAGCUGUAGUUCAGCACAAACCCACAGGGCCCUCAACUGUAAGGAACAGUUAUUCUGAUUUCGAGGACCAACUAGGCCACUGCAGCUCUGCCCAAGUGAGAUCGCUCAACCAACGUCUUUCCCAAACCUCAAAUACUGAAAAACCUGUCCCAGACCAGAUAGUCUCUUCCAAGACAUGUCCCUCAAAUCCUGAUAGCAGGAGCACUGGAACACACAAAAGUCAUCAUGACCCUUCCGUUACUGGAGUUCAAAGAUUUUUGGAUUCUCUGAAAAAGCCAUACAGGCUGGAGUUGAAAAAUGAACCUGGAAAUCCACAUUUAAAACACAUCAUUAUUGACGGCAGCAAUGUUGCAAUUUCUCAUGGCCUACGGAAAUUCUUCUCCUGUCGAGGAAUUGCAAUAGCUGUUGACUACUUUUGGAAACGUGGUCACAGAAAUAUUACUGUAUUUGUUCCACAGUGGAGAACAAGACGUGAUCCUUACAUUACAGAGCAGGAUUUCCUGACAGAGCUCCAAGAUGUUGGAAUACUGUCUCUAACUCCUGCAAGAAUGGUAUUAGGAGCUAGAAUUGCUGCUCAUGAUGACAGGUUUUUAUUACAUCUUGCUGAUAAAACUGGAGGUGUUAUUGUGACUAAUGAUAACUUCAGGGAAUUUGUGACAGAAUCACCUGCCUGGAGAGAAAUUAUUCAAAAAAGAUUGCUCCAAUACACUUUUGCUGGUGACAUAUUUAUGGUUCCUGAUGAUCCCUUGGGAAGAAAUGGACCUAGAUUAAAUGACUUUCUUCGAAAUGAAGGCUGUUAUAGAGGUUUCCAGUCAGCAUACAAUGCUUAUCGUAGCAGUGGAGAGUAUUCUUCUGAGACACCUUUCUUUGAACCAGGCCCCUAUCCCACCAGUAGCAGUCGACAGCCUCAAAACAGAGUACAUGGUGAUCAUACAUCAACAUGGCUUCCACUGGAAACAAACACAAACUCUUGUCUAGCAGAUCCACCACCGAGAUCUGCCUCAGAAACAGUACAGCUAAGAGAAGCCUUGAUAAAAAUUUUUCCUGACUAUGAGCAAAGACAGAAGAUUGAUCAAAUAUUAGCUGAUCAUCCAUUCAUGAGAGAUCUUAAUGCACUAUCUGCCAUGGUGCUUGACUGAAUAUUAUACAGCAUUUUUAUAUUACCACUGAUCAGACUAACGUUGAAUAUCAAUGUGAAGAAAACUUUGUUCUGCAUUAUUUUGUGAAUAUUCAGAACUUAAUUUUAUUUGUAUAAACAAAGAUAUUUUCCCUGUAUGUUCUGUUGCUAAUAGAUGCCAGGUUUUGGUAGAUUAAAAUCUGCUGCUACUACUGAUUUGUAGUAAGAUUCUUCUAUGAAAAAAAAAACAAACAAGCAAACCACAAAUAUUUUGCUUCACUUAAAUUGAAGUAGCAAUUCUAAAGAAUUGUUAGCAAUUUAAACAGCAUGCUAGCACUUUUUAAAAAGUCCUUUCCUCUUAAAAGUGACUCGGCUUCAGAUGUAUUUUACAGACACACCUGUAACAUACUGUAACAUCAGCCAUGAACCUGUGAGCUAUCUAUUGUUGGUGUUUUUUUAUCUGGAGUAUAAAUAUUCUUAGGAAGCCUAUGUUCUACUGGUCCCUCUUUCACCUACAGACUGCAAAAUAUUUCUCCAUGGAAAUAAAACAGACUCUUUUAAGAUUUUCA